UCAUUUUUUAUGAUUGUUCAUAUUAUUCAUACUUAUAUUAUCGAAUUCAUUAUUGCUUUGUACGCGUAUUAACAUUGUGUUUUAUUCCUACUAUUUUGUGUUUGAUUAAUUUUAGUCGAUGCAUAAAUUAUGAUUUUUGAAUAAGUAAAAUCUCGUGUUUAGAUUUGAGAAGGUCGUACCCUAACUUACCGGGUUUCGAUUUUCACAAUAAAACUAAAUACAUGAAUCUUUUCAAACUCAAGUUUUAAACGAUCUCGGGAAUUGGGAAAAGAUCGUGUCUUAAUUCACUGGGCAUGAAUCCCUUUUUUAAAAUCCGAGAUAGCCAAAUAUUUUCUUAAAUAAGUAAAUUUUUCGGCAUGUAUUCUCGUAUCGGGAAUUCGAUACGUUAUGUCCUAACGCAUUGGAUAUGACAUGUCGUUUUCUCGAGAUGAAGAUUUUUCUAAAAAAUAAUAAAUGCAAUAUUUUGCGUUUGGAAAUUUGAGAAAAAGUGCCCUAAUGUGUUGAGUUUCGAUUUCUCGUUUAGCCAAAUAGCUUGAUAUUCUUCUAAAAUUUCAAAGUAUGGGUUUUGAAAACCAUAAGGUGAUCUUGAUUUCGAGAGUUUAAAAUAUCGUAUCCUAAUGUGCUGGAUGUGAUAUUCUUUCAUAACAAGAGAAUCUUAAAUUUCAACCCAUAUCGUUCAAAAUUUUUUAGGAUUGUAUUUUUAAAAUUCUUCAAAAUUUUUAAUUUUCGACAUUAAGACAUUAACUAAUCAACUAGGUACCAAUUUUGGGCGUUACGAGGGUGCUAAUCCUUCCUCGUACGUAACUGACUCCCGAAUCCGUUUUUCUGAAUUUCGUGGACCAAAAUCGUUGUUUUAAUAAAAUCAAAUCGUUUAUUAAAAACAAUCACUUUUUAAGGUGAUACGAUCACACUUUCAAAAAAAAAAGAUUGGUGACGACUCUCACAUUCGAUUUCAUUUUUCAAAAUCCAAGUCGACCCCUUUUUUAUCAAAAAAAUGAUGUCAACACUAAUGAAAAGCUUGGUGAACCGUGCUGCGUAUGAUGAUCAGUCGGGCAAAAGGUUCGCAACUGGUGAAGCGAAUUUUACCAGCUCUCAAACACUGUACAUUUUAGCGCAGUGCACGCCGGACUUAACUGAUGCACUUUGCUUUAGGUGCUUACAAAGUGCCAUUGCCGAGCUUCCAAUGUGUUGUGAGGGGAAACAAGGUGGACGAGUUUUGCUUCCCAGCUGCAGCAUCAGAUAUGAUAUGUUUCCCUUCUUCAGUCGUAAUGGCACAGCCACCAUAGAGUUUCCUUCGCCAUCCUCACCCAACUCUACUAAACAAGGAAAAAGAAAGAACUCUUCUCCUAUUAUCAUUGCCAUUGUUGCUCCAGUAGUUACCUCUUUGGUGCUAUUGGCGUUAGGCCUACUUUUUAUGAGAAAGAGGGCGAGCAAGAAAUACAAUGCAUUACCUGAAAAAAAUGCCGUGGAGAACGUCAUAGGUUUAGAAUCCUUGCAAUUUAAUCUGAGCACAAUUCAAGCCGCAGUGAACAAUUUCUCUUCUGAUAACAAAAUAGGUGAAGGUGGAUUUGGUGAGGUCUACAAGGGGAAACUAUGUAAUGGACAAGAAAUAGCCGUGAAGAGGUUAUCUAAGAGCUCUAACCAAGGAACAGAAGAAUUCAAGAGUGAGUUGGCACUGUUAACUAAGCUUCAACACAGGAAUCUUGUGAGACUGCUGGGAUUUUGCUUGGAUGGUGAAGAAAAGCUACUGGUUUAUGAAUAUGUGCCAAACAAAAGCCUCGACUUUUUUCUAUUUGACCCUGAAACACAAGGGAAUUUGGAGUGGUCAGCACGUUACAGAAUUAUUGAAGGGAUCUGUAGAGGACUUCUUUAUCUUCAUGAAGAUUCUCGGCUUAGGAGCAUCCACCGUGAUCUCAAAGCUAGCAACAUUUUGUUGGAUGAGGAUAUGAAUGCCAAAAUUUCAGAUUUUGGUAUGGUAAGGAUUUUCGGUGUUGAUCAAACUCAAACAAACACUAGAAGAAUCGUUGGGACAUAUGGUUAUAUGGCUCCAGAGUAUGCAAUGCAUGGACAGUUUUCAAUGAAAUCUGAUGUUUUCAGCUUUGGGGUUUUAGUACUAGAAAUUAUAAGCGGCAAAAAGAAUAGUUGGUUUUAUGAAUCAGAGGGCGGUGAAGGCCUCCUAAGUUAUUGUUGGAAGCAAAGGAGGGAUGGAAGUCCCUUGGAAAUGAUGGAUCCCAAAUUAAGAACACACUAUUGUAGAAAUGAAGUUGUUAAAUGUAUCCAUGUAGGGUUAUUAUGUGUUCAAGAAGAUCCAGCUAAAAGGCCUUCAAUAACAAAGGUGGUUCUCAUGCUCGACAGCAACUCGGUUUCGUUGCCGCAACCUCAGAAACCGGCAUAUUUAGCAGAAAUGAGUGGAGUCCUCCAGGAGCAAAGGGGCUUGAAGAAGUGUCUGUCAAUGAAGUGUCGAUAACUGAAAUAGAGCCUCAAUAGAGGAACUCUGGAUUGUACAAAAUACGUACAAAUUGGCAAUGGGUUCUCAUGCUCGACAGCAACUCGGUUUCGUUGCCGCAACCUCAGAAACCGGCAUAUUUCCUUAGUAGCAGAAAUGAGUCGAGUCCUCCAGGAGCAAAGGGGCUUGAAGAAGUGUCUGUCAAUGAAGUGUCGAUAACUGAAAUAGAGCCUCAAUAGAGGAACUCUGGAUUGUACAAAAUACGUACAAAUUGGCAAUGUUUCUGGGUCUUAGUUCAUUAUAGUUCGGAACAUCAACCACUCUCAAUAAUCAGUGCUGGGUUGAUUAGCAAAAUCUGUAAAAUCAUGGCUGGAGUUUGGUCUAAAAAGAGUCUUGCCACGUCACUAAAUAUUUUGACUUAAUCAAAUUAAAUUAUUCAGUUUUCUCAAAUCAAUUCAAAUAAAGAGUUUAGUUUUUGAGUUUAA